GAAAUUGUUUAUAAGUCAUAAGGCGAGCAAACUUCCCGAACUUUGGCGCUUCCUUCACGCAACUCCAAUUCUACUGAAAAUUGAAAUCAUUCAGCGGCCAACUCACUCGUCGCGAUGAUUGCUAGGUCCUCGUCUCGCCGGAGAUCCCCUGAUAACGACAGCUUUCCGCUACAGAUGUUUCCGCCAGAGAGACACACGGGCCUCGUUCGUCGGCAGGGCGGACUAAUUUCGGUCCCGAAGGCGCUCGCAUCGUUGCCUUCGCUGGUGCCGGUGAAUGACGGGACUGAUCAAAAGAUGACAAAAUUGCUUCUGAAAGUCAACAUAGAGAGGAGCUUGGGGCCAGUGCACGUUGUGCUGUCAGCGGAGAAAACAGUGAGUGAUUUGAUAAAAGCGGCGACCGAGAUCUACGUGACGGAGAAGCGGCGGCCGUUGUUAACGGAAUCAGAUCGAAGGACUUUUGAGCUUCACUAUUCUCAGUUCAGUUUGGAGAGUACGUUUUCUUAUUUCUCUCUGUUGAUUAUCACAGCUUCGUUUCUGCUUUCUCGAUUUUGAAAAAUUCCUGCUAUUAAAAUUCGAAUCUUAAA